UUCAUCAAUCAGUCAGCCACUUGUUGUCUGUGUUGAGUGUUGCUCUUUUUUUUUCUCGUGUUAUUUUUAAAGAAACCUGCGAAAAAUGUAUAUUUACGAUCUGCCGUUUGAAAUAAACAAGGAAUUAUGUAGAUUGCUUGAUAACGAUGACGACUGGAAAGAACUGGCAGGAGCUAUGCAGUAUUCUGCUUUCGAAGUUAAUGAAAUAGAACAAGUGGCCCGUCGACAAGCUUCGUCUCCAACCGGCCAGCUCUUCAAAUGUUGGGGCCAACUGAACCACACAGUCGAAGAACUCUUCAUUCUCCUGUACCGAAUGCCGUAUGUUCCGGCUAUGAAGUGUCUAUUGCCCAUUGUAGAUAGUCGCUUUCACAGUCUUUUCAGUAAACAUAUUAGUCGGAAUGGCUUGGGAGGCAAAGAUAGUACAGCUAUUUUUGAUAAUGCCAAGAAGCAAAAACUAAAAACAGAUGAGUCAUCUAUUCCUCUGCCUGUUUUGGAAAAGGGUGCUGCGCCGCCGCAGUCGACUUCGAGCAAGAACGGCAACCUGCCUACGGAUGAGUCAAGCACUGACUUGAGCAAGACGGUGUCAUCAACGCAAGGCAGCAAGAGUAACGAUGUGAACGACGAAAUAAUGAGGAACGUGCUCACGAUCCCGAUGCUGAAGUAUGAAGACCUGAAGGUAGCCACUGACAACUGGAGCGCAGCCAACCUGCUCGGUAGGGGGGGCUUCGGACAGGUCUUCAAAGGAGUGUGGCUGAAUUCGCUGGUGGCUAUAAAACGUCUCCGCGACACGGACGCCCUUAACCGCGAGCUGAUCCGAGAACUGUGCCUCAACCAGUACAGGCACGACAAUAUAUUACCACUUUAUGGAUAUAGUUUUGGAGGUGCUGAAGCGUGCCUGGUUUAUCAAUUCAUGGCGGGCGGCUCCUUAGAACAGAAGCUGAGAUCCAAGUCCCUCCCGCCGCUGUGCUGGUCGCAGCGAUACAGAAUCGCACAUGGGGUUGCCAGGGGUCUCCAAUACCUCCACACAAUGGCGGGCACCCCACUCAUCCACGGCGACAUAAAACCGGCCAACAUCUUGCUGGACCAGUGCCUCAUGCCCAAGAUUGGGGACUUCGGACUCGCCAGGAAGGGGCCUUAUGGUGAGGAGAGAACACAUCUUAAAGUGUCCAAAGUCCACGGCACCCGGCCCUACUUACCCGACGAAUAUCUUCGCUCCCGGUGUCUGUCACCCGCUGUGGACGUCUUCAGUUAUGGCGUGGUGAUGGUCGAGAUAGCUAGUUGUCUGCCGCCCAUAGACAGAGCCAGGAAGAUACAGCUGCUGAGCGAUUAUAUACAGGAUCAGGCGAGAAACAAUGUAGAUUUGACAUCAUUAGAAGAUCCAAAACUCCGCGGCACAGCUCACUCGAACCCCGUAUUGUGUCGGGAGUUCAUAUCGGUGGGCGUUCAUUGCACGAAAUACGAUCGCCAUCAACGGCCCACGAUGUUGGAGGUAUACAAACGACUGGAUAACCUCGAUUUCCCGGGGAAACACUAUAUGUAGCAAGAAAAUUAAAGAACUUACAUGUGGCGAGAAAUACGCCUUAAUUGUAGCGAGAAAUUAAUGAGAAGGACGCCUUACGUGUAGCGAGAAAUUCAUGAGAAAGGUCCCUUACGUGUGGCGAGAAAAGUGCCUUUUCUUUUCUACUAAGUAGCAAAAAGAUAUGCGGAUUGAAUAAAUAGCGCUAAAUCUCAGGACAUAGGAUUUUUGCCUUCGAAAAUGAUAUUGAUUUUACAUUUUCAAACUAAGGGAUAUACAGGCGAAAAAUUUAGGUUUCUCAAUUGGAAUAAACUUGGAUUUGGCUGAACAGAAAAUAAACUUCGACAUGCCGUGUGAAUUUAAAUAUUAAAUUCUGAGGAAUGCUGUGUGUAUGAGGGCUAACGCGACUGAAGUCGACGGUAGGGGUACUGUUGUAGAGUAAGGUCCAUGUCAAAAAUUAACUUGAACUUUCCACGUCAGUUUCCAUGAAAAUGCAUUAUAAUGAUAAUCAUAAUCAGAUUGUGCACUAGGAUCGGCUCCCGAUGAGGGAACUUCCCAACGAUUUAUUGCACAGAGAAAAAAAAAUUUAUGCCUCAAAUGAAAAAAGAUCUUUCAUGACAAUAAAAGCUUGUGCCGAAAAUUACAUUUAAAUAAAAAAACUUGUCUAAAUAUAAUUUAAUGUCAUAGCGAACUGGGCAACACUACAUUAGCAAGAACGAGAUUUUUUUUAAACUGAAUUAGUAGAUAACAAAUGUACAAUAUCACUCACUCGUUAGUGGCGCCAUCUAGUCAGCGAAACGAUAACCUUCGCUUUGACCACGAGAUCGAUAACGCUCGCCUUAGUCUAAAGCCUAUAAACUUGUAAACAUAUCCGACGAUAUCUUUUCUCGGGAACAAAGUCAUAGAACUGAACAUAAUUAUCUAAGUAUUAUUAAUUCUUAUUUGAUAAGGGUAAUAGGAAAUUAUAUUUUGUAAUUUUGUAUUAUUAAUAUCUCAAGCCUACUUAAGAUAGCUUUUAAUUAAUAAAAUUCUCAAGCCAUAUUUUUUUAUACAAAAUGUAUUUUUUUUUUCUUAACGGAAUAGUAUUUGAAAUAAAUAUGCUCAAUGUUGUAAUAUUUUUUUGUUGUUGCUUAUGAACUGUUGUUGGAUGUGUCUUAACAUGUGUUUAGACUGGUAAGUGAUAAUUACUGACUUAAAGUAGAUUGCAAAUGAAUUUAAACUGUAUUACAUACACUAACUUAAUGGUGCUAGAUUUUACAAUGUUUUUAUUGUUAAACGAAUAUUUUUUGAAUAAAAUCUUUAAUAUCUCAUA